AUCAAUAAGAGUAACAAUGGAUAUGAAAAAUCCAAAAAUGAAAAAACAAACCAUUAUUUCCAAAAAACAAGAAUAAAUAACGUACAAACAACGGAACAACCUCAAAAAGGAAAAUGCUACUCAUGUGGACAAAUAGGACACUUUGCAAAAGAAUGCCCAAGACGAAAAGGAAAAGAAUCAUAUAAUAGAGUACAAUCAAUAUACAAAAAUUAUAAUGGAAAACAAAGGAAAACCUUUGUAAGAAAAUACUGUUCAUAUUGCGGAAAAGAUAAUGGAUAUCACACCAAAACAUGUCCAAACAAUAAUGCCAAUUAUUACGAAGGAAAAAGAGCAAAAGGACCGACACCUAUG